UCUAGAAAGAGGGGAAGAAAUCCCGAAGCUGAAAAACAGAAAAACGAUCAUGGCCGCCACCGCGGGAGCAAGCGCCAGCUCCGCUGCCGUCUCCUCCGCCUCCGCCUCCGCUGCUGCUGUUGCCGCCUGCCCGUCAACUGUAGCGCCUUUUGCUUUGCGGAAGAACUACGUGACCCUUAAACAGCUGCAAGAUCUGCGCCUCAAGGAGCAGUUCGACGAAGAACAGAAGCUUCGCGAUUGCGAUUUCAAUAUCAAGGGAGCAGAAGCGGCCCGAUCCAGCCGCCAUCGGCCUCCUCGUGGAUUUCGGAGACGGGCGGCUCCGUGGCCGGCACCGUUGUCGAUUUCGGAGUUGACCGGGCGGAAGGGGACUGCUGAGGAUUCCGCCCCGGCCUUUGCAAUUGGCGAAUCUGCUGGGGGAGAUGGUAAGCGGGCUUGGAAGGGUAAGGAUACAGUAAAAUCUGAUGCACAGAAGCGCGCAGGACCGGAGGAGUCUUCGGAGAACCCCAUUCCGGUGAACAAGGAAGGCAAUGGUCGAAAUCGGCCGGCAAGAGCGCAACUUAAGCUUACUGGGGUUUCUGGUGAUGAACCGAAGGCGGCGGUCCUCGAAUCUGAGCAAGCAUCUCGGGACAAGCCCAUCUCGGCGAAGGAGGGCAAGGGUCAAAAUCGCCCGGCGAGUCUUCAGCCCAAGCUCCCCGGGAUUUCUGGUGGUGCAUCGGAGGUGAUGGUUAUCGAAUCUGAGGAGGCAUCUCGGAAAAAUCACAUUCCGGUUAGGAACGAAGGAGAGCGUCGAAAUCGGCGCCGAGCGUCGGAGCGGCGAAAGCGAGCCGGGGUUUCUGGUGGGGAUACCGAAUCUAAGGGGGCAUCUUCAAAGAAUCCCUUUCCGAUGAAGAAGGUAGGCGAGGAUCAACAUCGGCCAAAGCUCACCGGGAUUUCUAGCGGUGGACCGGAGGUGUCAACUACUGAAUCUAAAAAGGCACCUUCGAAGAAUCCCAUUCCGAUGAAGAAGGUAACAGAGGAUCAAAAUCGACGCCGAGCGAUGGCUCAGCCAAAGCUCGCCGGGGUUUCUUGUGGUCAACCAGAGGUGGCGGAUACCGACGAAUCAUCUUCAAGGAAUCCCAUUCCGAUGAACAAGGAACGAGAAGUUCAAAAUCAGGGCCUGACGCAGCCCAAGCUCGCCUAUUUUCCUUGCAGCCGACUGGAGCCUUCGGUGCAGGUGCAGCAGCAGGGCUUCAACGGAGGCGAGGAAGCCGUCGCCGGAACGCCGAGAAAGGCGUCAAAUCCGGUGAGAGGCGGUGGUCGGCGGUCGAGAAAACCCGGUCCGGCUGGCUCGGUCUGGGUCAGGAAGACCCCAAGCUCUUAAAUGGUUCUAGGCGGACCAUGGCAAGGUUCAUCAGGUACUUCACCCACACCGGAACUCGCCUCUCUAUCCAUCUCAAGUUGGCUCAGGUUGCCCUUCUCUUUGAUGAGCUGAGUAUGGUGAUGCUUGCAGUAGAGUUUUCCGUCGUGGGCAAUGUAGUUAGAAGGGCUGAUGACGCAUCCGCCAUGGCAGCAUUUGAAGCAGCUCUUGUGAUAUGCGGCUCCAUUAACCUUGACCUUCAAGAAGUAUACAGUUCGAUCGAUCAGUUCAUCGAUACAUAAGCAUUUUAUUUGAUCACAAUAGUCUGAGAAAUAACCCUUUCAGUUGGGUAAGCUGUCUUGCUGCAUCCAACACACUUUUCUUGUGUGCCAACAAAAGCAUUUGACAUUCUGUUUGCA